AUGGCUAUCAAUAAUGGCAUGGUUGUUCACUUUAGAGUAAACUGUGAAUUCGUAUUUAAGGGGUAUUAAAAGUAUUAAACAUAAGAUGGUCUACAACUGCUGAUGAAACAGGAUUGUUCUUUUUUGGAUGUCUUAUUGUAAUGUUUUAUUGUAUGCUUCAUAUGAAUCUCUAUACUGUUAAGUUAAUUUUACCAAAAAAGUAAAACCCAUCUUUAAAAUAAGUUUGAUUGUUGAUAUCUGUUGGUAUUUAGUAUAUGCACUUUCAGGUAUCAUGGUUAUGUAAUUAAUUAUGACAAUGAAUGGUUGGGUCAAUCUUGCAGUGAUUAUAGGAAGCACUAUAGGUUAUUCGAUAUAGGAAUCUUGGUCUUAAAUUUAUGAAAAGGAAAACUAAGCUCCUCCAGGAGGUUGUGAAUUUUGCAAUUGAGAUC